GUAUAAAUAUUGCAAUACACUUAAAAUGGUCACAAAAUGUUGGAAAUAUUAUGUAAAAAUAAGUCUUGUGACACACCUCUGCAUUAUUCUGAUGCUAGCCAAAGCCGAAGAUGUUUCUAGUGUUACGGAUGUACUGGCCACUGACAGUACAGGCACGACAUGGGAACGAUUGAGCAAUACAAGUUCCAUCGAUGUUUAUACGACGCCAAUGUCAAAUGAUUCGAUAGAGAAUAGGAGCACAACAACAGUGCCGAGCACACGGGCGCCCGUGCUGACAGCUGUCCGGAAACAAGCUCAGCCCACGGACUGUUCACAGCGCGAGAAGUCGAGAAGUCAGCCCAUAGCGUCGUCUAGCUCCAGGAUACAAAAAUGCUGUCCACUGGGCGAAAACUUGGAUUUUUAUCGUGAAAACCAGAGCGACUCAAUGUGCGAUAAUGCCGUGCUGGGCUUUGAGCCAACUGUCAUCAGUGCGGUGCUCUAUGACAAUUGCAUUGAAGACUUGGAAAUCCCAACAGAAUUGCCCAUCGAAAUUGGCAAUCCCUGUAAUAGUGUUAACUUUUUCAGCUCGUUUCAAUACGAAGAUACAGAAGAUCUAUUUUUUGUCCUGCAAGAUGGUUCGCUCCUGAUCAUCGACAAGAACGGCAACGAGUCUUAUACUGUGCAGCAAAAUUACUGCCUGGACCAGGACAAAUCGGGCCAUUUGCUGGCCUUCAUAUGCAUAACGCAGGUGGAGGAGGUGUCCAAGGCGAAGGUGGUCAUUGUGGCCAUUAUGAUGCUAAUCAGCAUGCCUUGCCUGCUGCUGGUUACCUAUUUGCACCUGACGCUGAAGCUGUUGCGCAACCUGCACGGCUGGUCCUUGGCCAUGAUGUCGCUGUGCUUGGCCUGCGGCUAUUUCGUGCACUCGAUGGUCCACAUCUAUGACAUACCAUCCGGCGGCUUCAUCGGCUAUGUCAUACAGUUUUUCAUAUUGAGUUUUUUCUUCUGGUUCUUCUGCAUUUGCUGCAAUGUUUUGCUGAAUAUUUGGUACAAGCUGCCGCGCUACAUUCAGUUCAAUAAGACGUGGACCAUUGUGAAUUUUGGCGCUUAUUGUGCAUUCGCCAUCGUUGGACCAGCUAUCCUAGUUACCUUGACCGUGCAGAAGGGCUUGCAGGGCAUGCCAUCAUAUUUCCAGCAGGGACUCACGGAAUCCAUUAGAGAAUCACAGCGUUACUUCAUACCACCCGUUUCGACUCUGUUGGGUCUUAGCUUUCUGGUAAUGGUAAUGUCUUUCUUUGGCUUUCAACGCAUCAAAACCAACGGCUAUUUGCGUGCCAAUGACGAUGAAAAGGAUAAUGCGAAUCCCAUACGCCCAUUUGAUCAGCAGAAAUACGAGGAUGUUAAAAAAGACGCCAAGUGUGUAGCUUUGUUGGGCAUUAUCAUCAUCUUAGCCUGGCUUUUCGAAAUAGUUACGUUCUACUCGCCUGGAAACGAAGUCUAUUUAUUGCUCUGUGAUAUGAUAAAUGGACUUCAAGGCCUCUGGAUCAUGCUUAUCUUUCUGGUCGUACGCAGACGUCGCACUAUAAUAUGCCGCUGGUGGCAUGAUCGCGGCACGCAUACGAUCAGUGACGGCACCGAGUUGCAAGCGGUUACCAAACCAUUGAAUCCUACAUAAGAAUUUAGU